AGAAGAAAAAAUUAAAAAAAACGCCUCAGUCUCUCAUUUCAUGGCUACGGCCCCAACAAUUUCAUUAAAAUGAACGCGUUUCCAAAAAACAGCUUCUCGGGAGCCAAACAACCGUUGGAUUUGGUUUUGCAGUGGUGUAAGUGUAUCUUGUGAUUCUGAUUCGUUUCUAGGGUUUUAUUGCUGGGGUGAGCCAAGGCUUAGGGGGUCUGGAGGGAGGGAGAAGAUGGCGGUUACGGACAAGGAGCUGGAAGAACAGCUCGUGGCUGCAGGAGAAGAGCUACUGAAGCCUUUACCAUGUGUGGAAGAACUUCUUAGUCUGCUUGACAAACUUGAGAGUUUUUUAGCAAAGGUAGAGCAAUCUCCAUCAAAAUCUAUGCAAACUGCAGUAUGCCCUGCAAUGAAGGCACUUGUGGUGAAAGAACUGUUGAAUCAUUUGGAUGUGGAUGUGAGAGUUGUUGUUGCAUCUUGCAUCAGUGAGAUCACUAGAAUAACAGCUCCAGAUGCUCCUUACGAUGAUGACCAGAUGAAGGAAAUUUUUGAGUUGAUUGUAGCAACAUUCGAAAAUUUGUCUGAUACUUCCAGUCGAUCAUAUCCUAAGAGAGUUUCAAUCCUUGAAACUGUUGCAAAGGUCAGAUCAUGCGUUGUCAUGCUGGAUCUUGAAUGUGAUUCCCUGAUUAUAAAGAUGUUCAAACAUUUCUUGGGAACUAUAAGGGAAACCCACUCAGAUGAUGUCUAUUCAUCGAUGGAGACCAUUAUGACCUUGGUCUUAGAAGAAAGUGAAGAGGUUUCACCAGAGCUUCUUGCACCCCUCUUGGAUAGUUUAAGGGUUGGAAAUCAGGAUGUUUUGCUUAUUGCACGGAAGCUGGGGAAGAAAGUAAUUCAAAAUUGUGCCUUGAAACUUAGACCCUACAUGAUGCAAGCAGUAGAAUUCAUGGGUUUUCCCUUGGACAAUUACUAUGAAAUUGUUGCUUCCAUAUGCCAGGAGACAUCUGAUGCUAUAAAGCAGAAUGAUGCUAAUGUUUCUAAUGAAUGUGUGGAUGCUAAAGCUCUUGCACCAGAUGUUUCAUGUUCUGGAGGACGUGAUGGCACAACAAACACAUCAGGAAAAUUGGUGACAAGCAAUGGUACUGUUCAGAUUGGGAUUAGUGAUUCUUUAGUUAAUCCAGUUUCUCCUAACAAGGGGCUGGUGCAAUCCCAUCAAAUUAAUCAGUCCAAAGGUAAUGAUGCAACAAUCAAGGCUGAACCUGAAAGUGAUCCUGUGGAUGUUGAAAAAUCAGAAACAAAAUCCAAGCAGCCCACAAAGAGAAGGGGAAGGAAAUCCUGCAGUUCAACUGCUAAAACAGAAACAUCUGGCCAGUCUCAAAUUGACAGCGGAAAAGAAGCUUUGGAACUUUUGGGACCGAAGAGCUGUGUUGGAGAGAUUGGGAGCUCAACUUCUGUUGACCCAUCUUCCAACAUUGCUGAUGUUCCUUUUCAACAUGAAAAGGAAACCACUCAAAUUCCCUCUCAAGAAGCUGGAAAAAAUGAGAUGCCAAACCCUUUGCCUUCUUUGAGUGAGGGCCAGCCUGAUGGAAGUGCUUCCAAAAGGAGCCAAAGAAGGACAAAGAAGAAGGGAAGCAAGAAUCAGGAAGCUGAUCUGAUUUCUACUUCAGUGCCAAUGGGAAAUUUGUUGCAGGACCAGGUUGAGGGGGAAGUUCCACCCUCUACAAAUGUCCUGACUAAAAAGGAAUUUGAGAGAGCAAGUGAUUCAGAAACCAAAAGGCAGAAACGAACAGGUAAAAAGGCACUUGUUGAAAAUAAUGAUGAUGAGAAAACUUCAACCCUUGGAGAUGAUGCUAUCAUGAAGAAAAAAGAAUCCAGGGAGAAACAACCAAAGAAGUCUGGUAAAAAGGUGGGCUUAGGGGUUGCCAAUGAGGAUGAAGUGUCAAGAGACGAUCAAGAUGGUAAGAAAAAUAGAGGAAGAGGCAAGAGCAAUUUGAAGAAGGAUUUAAAUGCAGAGUUGUCUAUUAAGGAAAUGUUUUCUUCUGCUAAAUCCAAUACAAAGUCCCAGAAUAAAGAGGAAGGGCACUUGCUGGAAACUCCUAGGACACAAUCCAAGAGAAAACGAACUCCAGGGAAGGAGGCUUCUGGGUCACAUGAUGAUAAAAGUCCUGGUGAAGAGCUAGUUGGUUCUAAAAUUAAAGUUUGGUGGCCAGACGAUGAAGCGUUUUAUGAAGGUGUUAUUGAUUCUUUCGAUCCUAAAGAAAGCAAGCACAAGGUUUUAUAUGCUGAUGGCGAUGUAGAGGAACUGAUUCUCAAAGAAGAACGGUACAAGCUUGUUGGACGUAACAGUGUUAAAAAAGAUGGGGGAAAAUCAUCUGUUCUUACAAGCCCUGGUGCUUCUACUGAUUUGCACCCAAAGAAGAGGGCAAAAACCAAUUCAGAUUCACUAAGCAUGGAAAUGAAGUCAGAUAUUGCCUCAAAAGAGGUUGGAGGAACUUCAACUGGAAAAUCCAAAGGUGAGGCUGCAAAAUCCAGUGGUAAGACCAAACGUGCUAAAGCUGGUGGCAAAUCCAGAGAGAAAACACCUGCAAAUGUUAGAAAACUAGCGCAUGACAAUUCUGAUAAAUCAAAAGGUGAAACUGAUAAAGUCCGAUCUAAGGAUUCUGCUGUCAGAACUCCUCGAAAGUCUAAGGAUGGCUCACCCAAGACUAGCACUAAAUCUAAAGAUGGCACACCAAAGACGACCACCAAAACCAGGAGCAAAAAACGGAACAAGUCCAAUGCUAACGGAAGUACAAAAGCAAGUUCUGGUUCAUUGAAGGCUCUAGAAAGUGAGGAAACAAAAGUAGGGAAAUCAUCAGACUCAACUAAGGAACGGCAGGCUGGGACAGUGAGUGGAAAGAAACGGCAGAGAAGAGUUAGUGGCUGAUGCAAUGAGCCCAAUGGUUCUGAAAGUAAUUUUGUUAUAUUUUUUUUCUGGUCUCCUGUUUUCAUCUGGUAAAUAUAUUCUCCAUUUAAAUUACGUUUAGUUGGGCAUAGUAUCAAUCUGCCAGAAGCUUUCAAGCAAUUGCUGAAACCUGUAUUUUUGUCUGACAGUCUGUAGAAUGAAACUGUAAAAUUCUGAAAGUGUGCUCCUGAUUUUCAGAUGGCCGGCCCGUGUUAUAUGGCACACAUGAAGCCAUGAGUAGUGUGCUAGUUGAUGUUGAAGCCUGUAUAUUUCAACCUGCUUUAACUGGAUUAGCUUUGAAAGAGAGUAAAGAUCCUGAAAAUAUGCUCGUGUUUUUCCGAUGGUUAUAUUUGAAUGCUGCAGUUUGCUUUACA